AGCGGAAGUGAGUCGGAGGACAACUCUCGUUCGGAGAGGCUCCCGUUGUUGUCUCGAAGGAGUCUCGAGAUCCCGGCGCCGCCAUGGAGACUGAGUUUUCAGACCCGGAGCCUGGGGCUGCUGGAGGGGAAGAAGCCAGGUCUGAGAAUGUGGAGAAUGCACCCAUUUACUGUGUUUGCCGCAAGCCUGAUAUCAACUGCUUUAUGAUCGGCUGUGACAAUUGCAAUGAGUGGUUUCAUGGUGACUGCAUCAAGAUCACGGAGAAGAUGGCAAAGGCCAUCCGAGAGUGGUACUGCCUGCAGUGCCGGGAAAAGGACCCAAAGCUGGAGAUCCGAUACCGACACAAAAAACCAUGCCGUGAGCGUGAUGGGGAACAUGAGGCUGAGCCCAGGGACGAUGCGGCCACCCCACGUAGGAAGGUUGCUUCAGAUCUCCUUGUAGAGCCUGUGGGAAGUGGGCCCAUGACCAUCCCCAAGGGCUUCACCUCUCCCCACAAGGCCCCACCUCAUUCAGGACCUGGGCCUGUGCGAGAGGUAUCCAGCCAGCAAAUCAAACGAUCAGCUCGGAUGUGUGGGGAGUGUGAGGCCUGCCGAAGAACUGAGGAUUGUGGCCACUGUGACUUCUGCCGCGACAUGAAGAAAUUUGGGGGACCCAACAAAAUCCGCCAGAAGUGCCGUCUGCGGCAGUGCCAGCUCCGAGCCCGGGAAUCCUAUAAGUAUUUCCCUUCCUCGGUGAGUCUGGCAUCAGCUGUGCAGAAACUUCUUCGGGCACGGGAAGACCAUUUCCAGAUGUUAAAGGAGCCGCCGGAGGCUGUGGCCACGCCUGAGGCCCUCUCUGAUGAGGAUCUGCCUUUGGACCCUGAGCUUUAUCAGGAUUUCUGUGCUGGCGCCUUUGAUGACCAUGCCUUGCCAUGGUUGAGUGACCCUGAGGAUGCUCCCUUCCUGGACCCAGUACUUCGGAAACGUGCAGUGAAAGUAAAACAUGUGAAGCGGCGGGAGAAGAAGUCAGAGAAGAAGAAGGAGGAGAAGUAUAAGCGUCACCGGCAGAAGCAGAGGCACAAGGAUAAGUGGAAACACACCGAGCGGCCAGAUGCCAAGGACCCGGCCUCCUUGCCCCAGUGCCUGGGACCCAGCUGUGUCCAGCCUGCCCAGCCAGGCUCCAAGUACUGCUCUGAUGACUGUGGCAUGAAGCUGGCUGCCAAUCGCAUCUAUGAGAUCCUGCCCCAGCGAAUCCAGCAGUGGCAACAAAGCCCAUGUAUCGCAGAAGAACAUGGAAAGAAGCUUCUCGAGCGGAUCCGGAGGGAGCAGCAGGGGGCUCGGAUGCGUCUGCAGGACAUGGAACGUCGCUUUCAUGAGUUGGAGGCUGUCAUCCUCAGAGCCAAGCAACAGGUGGUUCGAGAAGAUGAGGAGAGCAAUGAGGGAGACAGCGAGGACACAGACCUGCAGAUCUUCUGCGUCUCCUGUGGCCACCCUAUCAACCCGAAGGUGGCAUUGAGGCACAUGGAACGUUGCUAUGCCAAGUACGAGAGCCAGACAUCGUUUGGGUCAAUGUACCCCACCAGAAUUGAGGGGGCCACUCGACUCUUCUGUGAUGUCUACAACCCACAGAGCAAAACAUAUUGCAAGCGCCUGCAAGUCCUGUGCCCUGAACACUCCAGGGACCCCAAGGUGCCUGCGGAUGAAGUGUGUGGCUGCCCCCUGGUACGGGACGUGUUUGAGCUGACCGGAGACUUCUGUCGCCUGCCCAAACGACAGUGCAAUCGGCAUUAUUGCUGGGAGAAGCUUCGGAGGGCUGAGGUGGACCUGGAGCGUGUGCGAGUGUGGUACAAGCUGGAUGAACUCUUUGAGCAGGAGCGAAACGUCCGGAUGGCCAUGACUAACCGGGCCGGCCUCCUGGCCCUCAUGCUGCACCAGACCAUCCAGCAUGAUCCCCUUACCACAGACCUGCGCACCAACGCCGACCGCUGAGCCACCGGGCCGGUGUGAUUCCACCCCCACUGUCUGAGUGUGGCUGGAGUCCUUCCUCAGCCUGUUGGUCUCUGCCAGAGAAUCUUCCACCAUUCUGCUCCCCGUUUCCCCCUGUGCCCUUGUUUAUUUGCUUCCUUCCUUCGUGGGUCUGCCCCUGUCCCACCCUCCUCCCUGACCCUUUGUUCACUUAGGUACCCCUUCCUAACCUUGGUAGCCCCCACUGCUGUAGCGACUGAUGCAAGGAGAUGGAGGCCCCAAAGGGGAAUCAAGGAAGAAUUUGAGGGGGACCCGGGGUUGAUGCUCCACCCUGAAGUUUGUUCACAAUAAACUUUGGAAGAAAUAGGCCACUGGC